UCAAGGCAGCAUGAUAACAUCUGUUCACACUCCAGUAUCUCCAGCGGAAGGACAGUAAGGACCAGUCGCCACUAUGCGAUGAGUGUAAGGGACCAGUGGCGGUGUUGUGGCCCCAGGCGGGAUGCUGCUGACGGCCGGUCAGUAUGACUCUGCUGGACUUGUGGCUGUCGCGCUCCAUCCCCAUGUGCCUGCUCCUUCAGAGCCUUGUCCUCAUGGCCCUUUGCUUCCCCUCGGCCAGCAUGUGUCCAAAGGGCUGCAUCUGCCUACGCGACCCCCACCUACAUGGCCUCAACGUUACCUGCAGUCAGUCCCGCCUCAAGGAGAUCCCCCCCAGCCUCCCGGCCGACACUGUCCUUCUGAGGCUGGACCACAACCAGAUAGGCGCCGUUCCCGAUCAAGCCUUCCAUGGACUCAGGCUUUUGAGGGAGCUCAACCUUUCAUACAAUGCAGUGGAGACUUUAGGGGAAGGUGCCUUCAGUGGCAUAGAGGCAACGUUACAGGUGCUGGACCUCUCCCACAAUCGCAUCACUAGCGUACACAAGGAUGCCUUCGCUCGGCUCAAGGCCCGCGUCAUUGUGGACGAUAACCCCUGGCAUUGUGACUGCGCCCUCCAGCAGGCCAUCGGCGGAAUGGCUCACAACCACGAGGCCGCCGCUCGGGUCCUCUGCAGGAGCUCGGCACUCCGUGACCAGGAGGGACGACCUUUCUUGGCAGUGGAAACAGACCUCUGUAACCUGGCCAAAAGGACCACAGACUACGCCAUGCUGGUGACCAUGUUCGGUUGGUUCGCCAUGGUCAUUUCAUAUGUGGUAUAUUAUGUCCGUCAGAACCAGGAGGAUGCCCGACGACAUCUGGAGUACCUCAAGUCACUCCCCAGCAAGCCCAAGAAACCUGACGAGGCCGACGACAUAAGCACUGUUGUCUGACAGCAGUAUCAAUGUGACUGUAUCCCACAAAACCUGAUGAACACCAAAAUGUUUAUGUAACAGGACCCACAUUUAUAGUGUUUACUAAUUCAAACUUUUAGGUGAUGUGAGCAUCAAAUCUGCUGAGAAAUCUUUGUAUUUUAGAAAUUUUGUCGUAUGUCCUUACUAGGGUUUGUUCAUGACUGAUCUAAAAUGAGAUGAGAAGGGAGGCCACAGAGUCUAAUGGUUCAACACCAACAUUGUCUUUUCUACAAAAAAUUGCAUAUGGAGUUUUGAAGGUUUUGAAUCUCAGGUUUAAAUAUUGACAUGAUAAUGGCUUUUUUUAGGUUAAAAUUUGGAAUAUCUGAUAAAAAAGAAAUAUAUUUGUAAGACGUGACACCCUAAACUUCAUUUCUGAGAGCCCUCAUUUUGGCAUCUCAAAGCCCACGAUAAAAUGUACAUCGAGUUUUGCAACUCUUGCUAAACCAACUGCAUCUUCAUACCCCUUUAGUUUAAAUGUAAAUUAAAAAAUCUAGUCAACAUUUCUGAAUCCAUGGCCUACUUAUGGAGACUAUUUAAUCUAUACAGUGUGUGAUAUUUUAGACCAUUGCAGAUGGGAGGUAUUUGUCAUAUCUUCCUGCUUGCCUUUAGCUGUGGUGUUGUGUUUUUAUACAAAAAAAAAUCACAAUUAAGACAUAUUUGAUAGGGAUGGGUAGGCAAGAUUUCACUGAAAUAUUUAAUUAACCAUGUCACAUCGCGGCUAUGGAGAACAUUGGAAUCUACGGAAGUCGAUUUCUGUCAAGAAAAGUAAUGAAUGAUUAAUGUUAAGAAUGAUUAAUGGUUAAAUUGUUAAAAUGAACAUAUAAAGUUACUAAAAAAUAUUAACGUUUUAAGACAAAAUUAAAAGAUGCUAACUUGUCAUUGUUACCGGCACCUACAUAUUCUAUCAUAUACUAUCACCAUUACGCACCAAGUUAAAUUAGCUUAGAACCAGUGGUUCUACCAUACAACCAACCAUGGUUCAGGGUCACAGUUCUGGCAAGGUAAUAGCAAAAAAGCCACGAAAACUAAUAAAGUAUGUACAACAGCUGUUAUUAAAAUCACAGAUUAAUUUAGAUUAGCUCGGUGUGAAUUUAAUUUAAUGUUUGGCACACUGAGACAGAUGUUGAGGUGGAAACAAGUGUUAACAAAAUGACUAGUAUUAAUUACUGUAGUGAAUCUAUAGUGAAGUCAGUAUAGCCUAGUGUCUCAAAAUAAUGACUAACUAUCUCAUAAUUUUAAAAAAUAACUUUUUCCAGGCAGAAAUGGGCAUCCAUAGAUCCUGUUUGGUCAGACGGUGUGCAUUAUUUUCACAUAACCACACUCCUCUGACACAAUGUUCUCAUUGAAUUCAUGAAUUAAUUCUCAUAGCCUGAUUUCAGUUCUUACGAGGCUACAGCUUCUCCUUGUUGGAGUAGGGAAGUAUUGUUCGUUACAUGAUAGGCAAAAAAGGUGCAGAUACAAGUUUCCAUUUAAAGAAUGUACUGCCCCAAAAUAAAGCAAAAACAAAAACGUACAUUUUAAUUGUAGCAAGUGCUCCAUGGUGUAAGCAGGAUAAUCCAAUCCAACUUGUAUAGCUAUUAAACAAUAAUGCACUCUGUGGAGGCAAAUGUGGGUGCAAUCAGCCCACAGCAUGCAUUAUUCUUAAAUGACCGCAUUGUGUAUUAUUUGUUAUAUACAACAAUACAAUAAUCAUAAUGCUAAUCCUAAUGAGAGUUUUGGUUUACACUUGGGAAUAAGGCUUUUAAGCUGAAAUGGUAUGAGAAGUUUGUGGUUCCUGCAUAACACUGAUAACACUGCUAUUCCAAAACUACAUUCAUCUCAAUACAAGUCUGCUCAGUUUCUCGUAAUCAUAAUGAGAUUAUUUUCAUGUUAAAAUAUUUUAGCUAUUUAGAUAUUUUUAUGUGAUAAUGACAUUGUUUCUUGUUAUUACUGCAUACAGAAUUAUUCGGUUUUACAAGAAACCUAUACUUAUUUUGUCAUAUCAAGGAACAUUUUCAUUAUUUCAUGAUAAUGAUAUAUUUCAUGAAAACAAUUAACAACAUACCAACUCUGCUCAUUAUAUAACCAUCUUUAUAAUAUUAUAAGAAAGAAGAUACAGUCAGUGUCUGAAAAGAAAACACUAGCCUACAUUAGUUCAUUGCUUAAUAUUUAAAUAACAUGUAGCUACACAGCCAACUUGGUCACCUUGGUCAUAUCUUUGUACACCUGAGUGGCCUGCGGUUAAUACCAUGCACUCACUAAUUACGCUUUACAAGCAAUCGCAAUGGACAUUUUUCACCCGAAAUUUUGUUUAAAAAAAUUGACGUCUUUUUAGUUUAUUUUUAUUUACAAAUUAUUAUCCUAAAAGACUAGAACUGAUCAUCAAUCAAAAAAUAAUAAAGUAAAGACAGUUUAAAGGUUCAUGUGUAUAUUGUCAUAGUAAUUUUAUUUUAAAGAUUUGGUACAUAGUAAUAACAUGAAAAUAUCUUUUUAUAACAAGAUGUUUUGAUAUGAUAAACUGAGCAAACAGUUUUUGUUAUGGCGGCGGCAACAACCUGCCAUUCAAACAGCACACGUCAGACAGUGAGUCAUUGCUAUAAACAACUCUGUCACUAUCCACAAAUAUAUUUCAGCCAUUAUGUGCUAACAGUUUAAUAAAGAUACAUGCCUGUAAACUUUUCAGAGGUUGACCUGGCAUGCAAAACAUCCAUUAACAACCUAGCAAAAUUGUAGAUAUUUUAGUGGAUAUAUGUCAAUUAUAUGUAAUACCAGUACCAAGAUUAAUGUUCAUUUAUAUUAGAUUAAUUUGUCUGCAUUGCAAUGACAAACUUUUGAUCUAACCUUUUAAAUGUUAUCAAAAUGAAUGUUACAUUUAUCAAAUGAUUAUUAUAUUAUAUUAUUAAUAACUAUGUAA